ACUAUGUGGGGUUUUCCUUGCACAUACUAUUCUGGCUUAUUCUCCUUUAUGGAUGAGAAUUGGCUAAGCUCGGGAGAUGAACUGGUAGAUCAAAUGCUGUAUGCUUGUUCUCAAUCUUGUGUAUUUUAGCUGUUGUGUAUAUGGUUUGGUAAAGCCAUGGUGAAGUCGAUCGGCGUGGGCUUUGUAAUUUUGGGGUCCGAUCACAACAGACAAGACUCAUGAGUGACUCAGUAGAGGAGUUCAGUUCGGUCUUUCAACAUGCCAAGAAAGUUGUUGUGUUGACAGGAGCAGGAAUAUCAGCGGAAUCAGGCAUUCCAACUUUCCGUGGAGAAGGUGGCCUGUGGCGCGACUUCGAUGCUACAGAACUUGCUACCCCGGGUGCUUUCGCAGCAAAUCCCUCCCUAGUAUGGGAGUUUUAUCAUUAUCGUAGAACUAUCGUUGCUGGAGCUUCACCUAAUGCAGGCCACUACGCUGUAGCUGCAUUGCAGAGGAGAUGCAGACGCCUAGGGAAAGACUUCAUUCUCCUCACUCAGAACAUUGAUGGGCUCCAUGCCAAAGCUGGUAGCACCGAUGUGGUUGAGCUUCACGGCUCCUUGUGGGAGACUCGCUGUUGUCAUUGCAAGGCAGUGGAAGCGAAUAGGAACAUGCCCAUAUGUCCAGCUCUCGAUGGCAAGGGAGCACCAGACACUGUUCAUGAAGCCAAUAUCCCAUCAAUGCAAUUGCCUCGUUGUAAUAAGUGCAAUGGCUUACUGCGGCCUCGUGUUAUUUGGUUUGGAGAGUGUCUAGAGCGGGAUGUUUUGAGGCGUACCGAUGAUGCGCUGCAAGGAUGCGACUUGCUCUUGGUAGUUGGGACUUCGGCUGUGGUCUACCCUGCUGCAGGGUAUGCCCCCUUGGUAAAGUCACAGGGAGGGGUGGUUGCAGAAUUCAACACAGAAGAUACACCUAUCAGCUAUAAUUGCCGGUUCAAAUUUCAGGGACCCUCGUCAGUGAAGUUGCCUACGGCUCUUGGCAUUGGAGAAGAUGAGCUAGCUGAAAUGAAGGAGACUUAACGACUUAUAUCAGGAAAACAAUUCCUGGGUGUUCAUUGUCCUACUCGAGUGUUGUGAGACUUGCCUCCAUUUCCUCGCUCGUCGGAUCAUGGUCUGUAAUAGAUUCCUGAGAACGAUGCUUAUUGAUUGACCUGGUGAGGUUCCAAAACCUGGGCAGAUAUCAAAUUGAUGUAGUGUAUGACCCACAAUAUUGAAAAUGGUUCACUUUUGUACGAAAGCUUCCAAGUCGCAUCUCUAAAAACAAGCAGAGGUGCCACAAAAUGGAUUUCCAUGCUUCUUUACUGUCUCCCAUAUACAAAUCAACUUCAAUUACAGUUGUACA